GAUUGAAACACGUAUAGCACACACUGUUCUCCGCUGCCGAGGAAAUAUCCUUCAGUAAAAUUUAUUAUAAAAGGGUCAUUUUAAGCCUUUGCAUCUUUUGCUUCAAUUUGUAUUUAAAAAUAAGAAGUUAGAGACCUCGUGAUGGGACUGUGUUGAGGGUCUCGAGUUGGGUGUUUGUGAGGACAACCACAGUGAAUCAUCUAAAGAGAAACCUCCACUCAGUCAAAGUGAAGCCAUGAAGAAAAUGGAGGAUACAGCCACAGGCAACUGGACUCUAGCCAACAACCCUACCUCCUCCACAGUGAAGAACACCUGCCACCCCAAUCUAAAGAUGUUCCUUGCAGCCUUGUCCUUUGCCUACUUUGCCAAGGCUUUAUCUGGCAGCUAUAUGAAGAGCACAAUUACACAACUAGAAAGGCGAUUUGACAUCCCCAGUUAUCUGAUCGGCAUCAUAGAUGGGAGCUUUGAAAUGGGGAAUUUGUUGGUCAUUGCCUUCGUGAGCUAUUUUGGAGCCAAACUCCAUCGACCCAAGAUCAUAGCAAUCGGAUGCAUCCUGAUGUCUUUUGGGACCUUCUUGAUUGCCAUGCCUCAUUUUAUCAUUGGCCGCUAUAAGAUCGAAUCAACAGUUAGAUGGUCAGUGAAUUCAACCAAUAACCUCUCUCCAUGUCCAGCAAGCUCUGAGUCCUCCAGGGCAGGUGACAGACCCUCCAUACUGCCCUCCAGAGGCUGUGAGCGGGACUCCAGUGUUUCAAUGUGGAUCUAUGUGUUUCUGGGAAAUAUCCUGCGUGGGAUUGGAGAGACUCCAGUACAGCCUUUGGGAAUCUCCUUUAUUGAUGAUUAUGCACAGUCAGAGAAUGCUGCCCUCUUUAUUGGGUGUGUCCAAACUAUAUCAAUUAUUGGUCCUGUCUUUGGUUACCUGCUGGGGUCGUUGUGUGCCAAGAUCUACGUUGACAUUGGCUAUGUGGAUAUGGAGACGGUGACUAUUGCCCCUGGUGAUGCCCGCUGGGUGGGGGCAUGGUGGUUGGGUUACCUUAUCGCUGGUACCAUCACUCUCAUGUCUGCUGUUCCUUUCUGGUUCCUGCCUAAAUCCUUGCCCAUGCCUGUAGAUAAACAUGAUACCAGUUGCUGUCCAGAGCAAACCAGGUUUAUCAAAGACUCCCCAACCAUGGAGCACAAGUUCAGACCUGAGGAGCCCGCUAAUUUCCAUCAGAUGUCCAAAGAAUUUGUGCCCACAUUAAGGAGUCUACUUGGAAAUCCUUUAUACAUCACUUUUUUAUGUGUGACCAUCAUUCAGUACAACUCCCUCAUCGGGAUGGUCACCUACAAACCCAAAUACAUUGAGCAACACUAUGGCCAGUCCACAUCAAAAGCCAAUUUUCUCAUGGGCAUGAUCAACAUCCCAGCUGUUGCCCUUGGGAUGUUCUCUGGAGGGGUUGUCAUGAAGAAGUUCAAGCUGGGUAUCAUGGGAGCAGCUAAAUUUGCCUUUGGGACCUCACUGCUGGGCUACUUCCUGUCACUCUUUUUCUUUGCCAUGGGCUGUGAGAAUACCAAGGUGGCAGGCAUCACAGUCUCAUAUACCGGAGUGGAAGGCUUGUCUUAUCAGGAACAGUCUCUCUUCUCUGACUGUAAUUUGGGUUGCUUGUGCUCAAGACGGGAGUGGGAUCCAGUGUGUGGAGAGAACGGGAUCACCUACUUGUCCCCCUGCUUGGCUGGAUGCACCACCUCAUCUGGCUCUGGCAGAAAUAUGGUGUUUGACAAUUGCAGGUGUGUAGCGCUGGUUGACACCCAACCCGGCAACCUGACAGCCACUCUAGGCCAGUGUCCACACAGAGACAGCUGUGACAAAAUAUUUCCUUACUUCCUGGCUCUGUCUGUCCUUAGCUCCUUUAUCAUUUCUCUUGGGGGAACACCUGGCUUCAUGCUGCUUGUCAGGUGCAUUAAGCCUGAGCUGAAAUCCCUUGCUCUUGGAAUCCACAUGUUGGCCACUCGCACACUUGCUGGAAUACCAGCCCCUAUAUAUUUUGGAGCCAUUAUCGACACAACAUGCAUCAAAUGGGGAAACAAGAUGUGUGGAGAAAAAGGAGCAUGCAGAAUAUAUAACACCUCAGCUUACAGGCUAGUGUACCUGGGCCUGACACUGGGCCUAAGGACAGUCUCCUUCUUCAUUUGUAUAUCAGGCUUUGCUCUACUCAAAAGACAUAUUAAGAGGGAGAAGACAAUUGCUCAGACCAAUGGGAGUGCAGAAUUGGACAGCUCCAUACACUGUGAGCAGUUUAUACUGGCCUUGGACUGCAAUUCUGACCAAGAAUCUCACUUAUGAACCUUUGCACGACCUCUUCUCUUCUGACUCAGCUCCAUGGGCCUUAGCUAUACAGAGGAACACACUGUGGAAGCUUUUCAUAACAUACAGUGUAUAUUUGUACACUGUUUUUGUAGAUGACAAGUCAUUAAAAAAAAGAAAAAAAGCACAUGCUAUUUCUGAAAUGUAUAAAUGUAUGUGUUUGUGUUUUUCAUGAAUGAAGACUUUUAUAGAAAAAAAUGUCAUUGUGCUGUAUUUUUGUUUGUCUUCUUUUUUAUGAUUAAACUUGAAAUUCUUGCAUUCAAGAUAUACUGUAUUAAGGUGCCUAGAUUAGAUGGUUGAAUGCCAUCAUCAUUCAUCAUCAUCAGUCGUGGCUUCGCUUUCAGUUCAGAAGACUUACGGACAUUAAACGGGUCCAUAGACCUUUUCUGUGGUGUGGGAAGUGGGAAUGUGUUAAAGUAAUGAAUAAUGUCAACAAGCAGAUCAAAGAUUGAGGCAGCACAGAACAGCAUAGGUCUGUCUGUUGGCAUACAAAGGGGAAAUAUCACUUCUGUCCAGAUGUAAGAGAAAUCAUUCCUUCAGUUAGCUGUAAUCCUAUUUUGUACCAAUGUGGAACCAGCCUUUUCAGUGACUUUAAGGAUUGAUAUCAGAAUGACAAUGAGGAACACACUA